UAAUUGUGGGCUCUUGUGACCUGAGGAAAUAUGGUAUGUGAUCGAUUAAUUGACAGUUCGAUUAAGCCUGGGCCUUGUUUCCGAGGAGAUCGCCGAUACAGUUAUGGCGCUGUUUCUAGGGUUGCUGAGGAGGACGCACUUGCUCUCGCGCCAAACGCUUUCGGCUUCGGGGUGGCGAGGUCUCUGGCUACUAGGAGCUUCGCCUUCAAGAUCAGUGUGCUGUAUUUUGAUGUAGAGGUAAAGGAGAUGCCCAAUGUAUUGAUACUUCCGCAGAGUGCAGAUUAUAGCGAAGAAGUAUGGCUGGAGAUAAGGGAGAAAGCAAUAUCCGUAUUGCAGACAUUCUUCUUUGAUGGGGUUGUUCCAAAAAAUGUUGUAUCUGAUGAGGAUGAGGAGGAAAGUGAAAUAGGUGAUGAAAAUGAACCCUCUGAUAAACUGGAGCAAGAAAAUCCCUUACAGCUAACCCUUGUUCAGCAAUUAACUGAUGUUAGUCAUGCAAGUCCAGAAAGCUCCCUGAAUAAAGUAACCAAUCAAUCCAAGGAGUCUCCUAGCCAGCAAGGUUCGGGUUUGUCUCAAAAUUCAACUACUCGGUCUGAUGGAAGAUGAAGUAGAUGAGGUAAGAAAGCCAAAAAGAGGCACACACAUCAGAAAUCCCAGAAGAAAUCAGAUGAACCUUCACUAGCAAAAGAAAGUACCUCGCAGCGGGAGGAAGAUACGACUAUGAG